AUGUGGGAACUGUUUGCUGUUCUAGCUGGCUUGUCACUCUUUGCAUCACCAUCAUGGGCAUGUUCCAGAGUGACUUACAAUAGCACUGGCACAGAUGACAACCGUAUCACCACUGGCCGCUCGAUGGAUUGGUUCAUGACCACCAAUGCCUCUAUCUGGGCUUUUCCUGCGGGGAUGUCUCGUAACGGCUCUGCAGGGGAAAAUUCUGUCAAUUGGACCUCAAAGUACGGCUCAGUGAUCACUGCCAUGUAUGAAGCUGCCACAGUGGACGGGAUCAAUUCUGAAGGCUUGGUUGGAAAUUUUCUGUAUCUGUCUAACAGUGACUACGGGAAACGAGACCUCUCUAUCCCUGCAAUAUCUGUUGGUGCAUGGCUACAGUAUUUCUUCGACAACUACGCCACAGUGGACGAAGCUGCCAAGGAUCUCUAUACCGCUGAUGGAAAGGAGAAGCUGCAAGUCGUCACAGCAGAAUUAAUACCGGGCGAACCAUCUCUCGGCCAUCUCAUGCUUACCGACCCCUCAGGGGAUAACCUUAUUCUCGAAUUCCUUGACGGAGUGUUGACUGUUCACCACGGCAAACAAUACUCAGUUAUGACCAAUAACCCGUCAUACCAACAACAGCUCGCUAUUAUGGAAUACUGGCUACCCAUCGGUAAUCAGAGUCUCCCAGGUACACGUCGCCCCGCCGAUCGCUUUGCUCGACUAAGCUACUAUAAUAACGUCACCGUUCCCUCGAGCAAUGCCGAGGAAUCUGUUGCCGUGGCGGCAUCUAUGAUCCGAGCCGUCAGUGUCCCGUUCACACCAUCACCCCCUAUCGGGACGGGAUCACCUGAUGUAGCUUCCACUUUGUGGCGUACAUAUGCUGACACCAGAGCCCUCAAAUACUUCUGGGAAAGUAGUAUCUACCCAAUGUUUCUGUGGAUUAAUCUUGCGGAUCUUGACUUGUCAAAAACCGGUCAGGUUUUGCUUCUCGACUUGCAAGUGCCAUCGGACGAAAGAGGUGGAGAUAUGAGAGGGAAACUCGUAGUCAGCCCACCAUUUCCAUUCUUCCAAGUCAAUGGCUAG